GUAAAUUUAAACAACAACAUAAUGUCGGUAAACUUGUUUGCACUAGCCGUAUUAUUGAUGGUGGUGGUACAGUGUGCCUACAGCGGCCCUAUUGUAUUAAAUUUAUUGACCACCCUGGCCAGCGAUCCGUACAAAGACUUGGAAAAUGAUCCAUGUUACAAAAAGUGCUACAACGACCUACACCCAUGUGUCCAUGGUAAAAUACCCGACAUUGACCCAAACAUUACUGAUCCCGCUUACACUUGCUGUGUAGCGUGGGUUGGACUCGAUUGUAUGCGAUCAGUUGGUGAGGUCGAUUGUACCGCCGCUGAGGCCACAACUCUGGGCGCACUCGAAGACAAAGUGAUUGCAUGGGCUAAUGCUGGCGAUUCUCACCAUAUCAAUGUGAGACCCUCGCCGGGAGACGGGAGUCUGAACCUGAUUCCCGGACACUCCCCGGCAACCGGGAGCUUCUGGCAACACUAG